GUCGAGCCGUCCAAACAGACGCCCUCGCCACAGCCAAUAGCGUUGCGUCUCCAGCUACGUCCUCCACGUGAGCUCGCGCCUCCAAAAAAGCCGCUGUCUCGUGCGGAAGCGCUCCAGUUCGGGUCUGUCUGCAGCAUCGCACGUCCUUGCCGGGAGAGCCUCACUCAUCACGGUCCUUAGGUCGUUUCAGAGCUCCAGCCUAAGCCAUGCCAGCGGUUCCUUCUUCCAAGGAGGCUGUGGUGAAAAGCCCUGUGUGUCCGCACGCUGCCAAGCUGCUGGGCCAGAGCAAUGGGGAGGCCAAGCUCCAGGAGGCCUCCUUCCCUCUGAACGGCGUGGACACCACGCACACGUCUCCUGAGAGGAAGUGGAUCCGACCGGACCUUGCCAGCCGCUGCACGUGGAGCCUUGGGGCUUCCAAAGCAGAUUCCCCUCAUCCACAAGUUCAGAAGACUGCGCCUCCCACCAUCCUACCCAACAUCCUGCACCGGAUCGGAGACACUCCCCUGGUACGGAUCAACAAGAUCCCCAAAGCAUUUGGACUCAAAUGUGAAAUACUGGCCAAGUGUGAGUUCUUCAACGCCGGAGGGAGCGUGAAGGACCGGAUCAGCCUGCGGAUGGUCGAGGAUGCUGAGAGAGCCGGAGUUCUCAAGCCUGGAGACACCAUCAUUGAGCCCACGUCUGGAAACACCGGAAUCGGACUGGCUCUGGCUGCAGCUGUCAAAGGCUACCGUUGCAUCAUCGUCAUGCCGGAGAAGAUGAGCAUGGAGAAGGUGGAUGUCCUGAGAGCUCUCGGAGCGGAGAUCGUCCGUACUCCCACCAGCGCUCGCUUUGAUUCGCCCGAGUCUCACGUGGGCGUGGCCUGGCGCCUGAAGAACGAGAUCCCCGACUCACACAUCCUGGACCAGUACCGCAACCCGAGCAACCCUCUGGCUCACUACGACACCACGGCUGAGGAGAUCCUGGAGCAGUGCGACGGUAAAGUGGACAUGCUGGUGGCUGGUGCCGGAACAGGCGGGACAAUCACCGGAAUCGCCCGUAAGCUAAAGGAAAGAUGCCCAAACAUCAAAAUUGUUGGUGUAGAUCCAGAAGGUUCCAUCCUGGCUGAGCCCGACGAGCUCAACAAGACCGAUAAGACCCAGUACGAGGUGGAAGGCAUCGGAUACGACUUCAUCCCCACGGUCCUGGACAGAUCGGUUGUCGAUACUUGGUACAAGUCCAACGACGAGGAGUCCUUCAACAUGUCCCGGAUGCUGAUCAGAGACGAAGGCCUGCUCUGUGGAGGAAGUUCUGGAACCGCCAUGGCUGCAGCUGUGAACAUGGCCAAGGAGCUGAAGGAGGGCCAGCGCUGCGUGGUCAUCCUGCCAGACUCCAUCCGUAACUACAUGUCGAAGUUCUUGAGUGACAAAUGGAUGGUCCAGAAGGGCUUCCUGAGGGAGGAGGACCUGAUGGUGAAGAAGCCGUGGUGGUGGAACCUGAAGCUGCAGAGCCUGAACCUGUCCGCUCCGCUCACCGUCCUGCCGACCGUCACCUGUCAGCAAACCAUCAAGAUCCUGAAGGAGAAGGGCUUCGACCAGGCGCCGGUGGUGGACGACUCCGGGGUGAUCCUGGGAAUGGUGACGUUGGGAAACAUGCUGUCGUCCAUUCUGGCGGGAAAGAUCCGGCUGUCCGACCCCGUCAGCAAAGUCCUCUACAAGCAGUUCAGACGGAUCCGUCUGACCGACAGUUUGGGGAAGUUGUCCCGCAUCCUGGAGACCGACCACUUUGCUCUGGUGGUGCAUGAGCAGAUCCAGUACCUGACCGACGGCUCCACCGCCCUGAAGCAGAUGGUGUUCGGCGUGGUGACGGCGGUCGACCUGCUCAACUUUGUCACAGGUGUGGAGAGGAGAGAGCGCUCCAUGUCCGAGUCAACCGACGAGCUGUGAUCGGCUCGUUUUUACUCUCAGCCCUCAGAAGCAACACAUCUGAGUGUAAUCACGCCAACCCAUCAUGCUGUUGGACCUCUGUGAUGGGGCUGAGGUCAUUUCCUGUUCAUGCUUUAUUGGUUCAGCUUUGAGUCUGAAGGUUUAAGAAGUGAAACUCUUCUUCUGUUUGUGUGUUUGCUGCAGGUCGUUUUUACGAUGUGUAGUUCUCUUAUGGAAGGCAAAAGUUUAGUAAAUUAAUGACUGGUGGGCAUUUCAUUACUUUCCGUAGAGACCUUUAAGUUGUGCUUUAGUUGAGAUGAGAUUCCUGAUUGGCAUGAUUGUAAAGGUGUGGCUUUGUGUUUGAAACACAAGGAAAUGGUGUUUUAAAGCCACGAUCAUCUUAAUAAUAAUGGUUUCUGUAUAUAAGCACGUGUAGUCGGUGUUACUGUAUGUUUCUGCACUAAGAGAAGAGGUCUUAAUAGUUUUGUCUCAAAGAAAACAUUUUGUAUUGCAGGGUUUUCUCUGAUGAAUGUGUAUUAAUGAAUAAAAAAACUAAGACUUUAAA